AUAAACAGCGAGACCGCCGAACGUCCGAGUAACGCGCAAAGCCACCCACGAAAGCUUAAGUUCCAGCACAGGCUCCUAAGCCCCGCCCACUUCCGGCUCCCCAACCAAGCAGUUCCGGAAAAAGGACCAUAGCAACGGAUGCGGCCAGGAGCGUCCCUGGUUACCACCGACGCAGCUCCUGCUGCUGCGAGUCCUCGGCAAGGAGAUGGCAGAGGUAGAGGAAACUUUAAAGCGGAUUCAAGCUCAUAAAGGAGUUAUCGGAACAAUUGUCGUCAAUGCAGAAGGAAUCCCAAUCAGAACAACCCUUGACAACUCCACUACAGUCCAGUAUGCAGGGCUCCUUCACCAGCUCACAAUGAAAGCAAAGAGCACAGUGAGAGAUAUUGAUCCCCAGAAUGAUCUAACCUUCCUCAGGAUUAGAUCAAAGAAACACGAAAUCAUGGUAGCUCCAGAUAAGGAAUAUCUUCUCAUCGUUAUCCAGAAUCCAUGUGAAUAAAUUGGAUGCACCAAUUUACAGGGCCAGGUGCUACAAUUUUGAAAAUAGCAUUAAAUUAUCAGCAACAUAUAUUAUCAAAACUAAGAAGCUUCUUGGGAAAGUUACAAUGAGCUUUUAAAACUUCCGACUAACAAAAACAUUUGAUACCUAAAUGCUUAAAGGAUAAUAAACAAUGUUCUUUAA